AUCUUCCUUCACUGAAACAAUUCAAAACAGAGAGGAGAAUGGCUGUUUGUGUGGCUGUACUUUCUCUUAUGAGGACACUAGAGCUUGAGUUCUUGCAACCUCUGCCUCGUCCAAUCCUACAAGAAAUGGAACUCAUCUCUUGCAACAAAGAGUUUAUCCAAUCUCUUCAUCAAAAGCUUGGUGAUUUGAUAGAACUAUUGAAUGAGAGCAGAAUCGAUUGUGUUGAAGCAAUAAAAGAGUUGGAAACAAAGCUGAGAGAUGUAGCUUUCAGAGUGGAAGAUGAAAUCGAAUUCCAAAUUGCACAUCUUCAUAAAACAGAAGAGGAAUUUGAAAUUGGAACACCACAAGGGGAUACUGAUGCCCAAAGUCCUUUCAAACUUGGUCUUAUUCUGCAACAAGGAAUUGAAGACAUUGAUGCCGUGAAGGAAGAGUUGGUGAAUAUCAACAACACCCUUGAUGUUCUACCAAUAUCUGCAGCUGAACCUGCUUCAGAAUUUGACAACGAAAUGAUCUUUAUAGACGACGACUUUGACGACGACUUUGAGUCGAUACAGAUGAUCCUAAUCCCAACUCUAUUCAUAAGGCGUUGCAACAUUGUUGCAAUUAGCGGUGUGGGAGGCAUUGGUAAGACAACGUUAGCAAGAAGAAUUUAUGAAGAUCCGAAAAUUGCCUCUCAUUUUUACAAGCGAGCAUGGGUUGUUGCAUCAAAGUAUCAUAACGAGAGACAAAUGCUUCUUGGUAUUCUUAAUUCAAUUGGCUAUGCAAAUAGCAGCACUCAUUAUGAUGAUCUAGAAAGACUAGAAAUUAAACUCUAUGAAUGGUUCAAGUGUGAAAGGUGCUUAAUUGUGAUUGAUGAUGUGUGGAGCGUAGAGGCAUGCGAUGCAAUCAGGAGAUGCUUUCCAGAAGAUGAAGAUGAAAAUGAUAGUCGAGUAUUAUUGACUACUCGCCUUCCAGAGACAUAUUUUAGUUCCAACAGUGUCUUCUUUAAUCAAAUGCACCCGUUACAUCCAAGCGAUAGUUGGGAUAUAUUUUGUCUGAAGGCGGGCACAUCACAUUGUGCUAACUUUGAGACUAUUGCGAGACCAAUUGUGGAGAAGUGCAGAGGACUGCCUCUCGCAGUUGUUACGGUAGCAAGUGUAGUUUCCAAUUUGAACGUGGACCCAGGUGAGUGGGAGAAUAUUGCUAUGACUAAUAUUGUUGAAGUUUGCUCAACAAUAAUCUCAUUGGAUUACAGUCGCUUGCCAUAUAACUUGAAAGCUUGUUUUUUAUAUUUGGGAAUUUUUCCGGAAGGUAAAGUGAUCUAUGUUAAAGAUCUUGUAAGGUUAUGGGCCAGUGAAGGACUUAUAAAGGAGUUUGCGAACCAGAGCCUUGAUGAAGUGGCUGAAAGAUGCUUACAAGAUCUUUUGGAUAGAAAUUUGAUUCUUGAAAGCAAGCGAAGUUAUUGUGGGAGAAAAAUUAGGGCUUUUAAGUUGAAUGAUUUGGUGCAUGCCUUUUGUGUGAGAGAAGCUCAAAAAGAGAAGCUUCUGCAUGUUGUCCCUGGAAAUGGUUUUCAAAAAGGUUCCCGUUGGCUAAGCAUCCAAUCAACAGAUUUUGAUGAUGACGCCCGUACAUUAUUACAUUCAUGUCGGUCCAUUUUCUGUUUUUCGGAGGUGAAAUCUUUACAUUUGAAAAGUUUCAAUCUAUUGCGAGUAUUCUACUUUACUGAUGCUAGCAUGUGCAAGAAGAUUGUGGAUCUCGUCCAUUUGAGAUACUUACCUCAGGUAGUUAGAGAUUUUAGAAUGAUAAAACUAUUAAAGGCUUGGAAUCUUCAAACACUUGAUGUUUAUGCGGAUGAGAAAUUGAAGAAGUUUGGACAGCAACAGUAUUCUCAAAGUCCUUCCAAACUGGAGUUGAAGCCUUGUGAUUGCACAAUAGAAUUGUUUCUAAGAAGUCCACACCUUAAGGAGGUGGUAAUUACAGGUGAAAGAAGAAAUUGCAAUGAUUGCAUUGACACCCUUGUCUUUUUAGGGCAGCUUAGGAGACUGUAUAUUAAUGGCAGUGUAUGUGAUUAUAGGACUCCACCAAGGAUUUCAAUUAAUAACCAAAUUGCUGGCUUGAAAAGCCUUGUGGAGUUGUCAUUUCGGUCUAUGAACUUUGAGUGGAAUGGAAUUAAUGUUCUUUGCCAGUUGCCUAGACUAAAGGUGCUCAGGUUAUUAUCUUCCAGCAUAGGCAAGGAGUGGGAAUUCGAUUACGACCAUGUAUUCUAUAGCUUGGUUUAUUUUGAAAUAUUUUCAACUGAUCUCAAGUAUUGGGAAGCUAGAGAUAUCCAUUUCCCGAAACUUGAGCGCCUACUCCUUCGCGAUUGCUUUCGGUUGAGAGAGCUCCCAUGUGGCUUUGAUGGCAUUAAGACAUUGAAGUCAAUCGAAUUAACACGAUGCAUUCCUUCUGCGGUGAAUUCAGCCAAGCAAAUCCAAGAAAUGCAGCAUAAGUGUGGAAACAAGGAUCUGGUUCUCAUUGAGAAGGAAACAAUAAUACAGCCUAGUUCUGAUGAAGAUGUGAGCACUGAAGAUGAGAGCGAUGAAGAUGAAGCAGAGGAGAGCUAGAGCAAAGAAGACGCUAAAGUUGCUUAUUAAUUAAUAGCAAUACUGACAGCCUGUUCGCUCGUCAACAAAUUAAAGAGCCCAACUCCAAUAAAAGAAAAAGGAGGACAUCACAAUCACAACAAAUUAAAGAUUGGUGUAAGGAUGUAGCUGUCUUCUAAACUUGAACUUUUUGAGACAUGACACAUAAUGUUGGUCUCAAGUGUUAACCAUUCCUAGCUUGUACCACAAUAUAAUGUUUUGCACUGCUGUGUAGAAUCCAACUGACUUCGAGCUGUUAAUGUAACUUGUUGAUUUGUAUUUUCUUACACAAAUCUUGGGGAUUUUAA